UCGGCGGCGAGGGUGAAGAUAGUAUCGAGCGGGUGCAGAGAGAGGGUGCCUGCGAUGCGAUGCACCCGCGCGGCGGCCUCGGCUCCACCGCACCACCGGGCAGCGGCGUCUGCAGGAGCAGUGCGAGUGCGGCAGGCUGGUAUGGCAAGAUGACACCGAUCGGCCUGCUGCUCGGCCUGCUCUGCUGCGUCGGGCCCACCCUGCAGGUGCUCGUGGUCACCGCCGGCAGUCAGGACCACCCCCGCUCAUCCACCGAGCCCGUUCCAGCCACCCCGGUCGUCCACGAAAACAGUUCAGGAGUCGGACAAGUGUUAGGAGAUGCCUGUGAUAAAUGGUGCAGCCAGAAUCUACAAGGCGUGUAUUGUGACCAGGUGACACACACGUGCGAGUGCGAAAAAGCAUUCCCAGUGCGCCUUUCGCUCUCAGUCGGCUGUGCCAAACCGGCGAGAUUAGGAGAGCAGUGCUUCCAUGACCGCACCUGCACCUACAACGAGCUGAACUCUGCCUGCAUCCAGAUCCAGCACAACGCGGUGUGCCAGUGCAAGUCUGGCUUCCACGUCGUAGCCAUUCACAAGCCUCGCGAGCGCAUUUUCUGCUCGGAAGACAUCCUGGUGAUCCGAACAGACCUGCACACGCUGUUCGGAAUGGCCGCAGGCAUUGCGGUGAUCACGGGCCUACUGUGCUUUGUUCUGCGGCUGUACAGCAGGGCGAGGUACUCUCCGCCCAGGCACUAUGCCAACGCCGGCCUUCCACCGCCUAUCCUCUUCGCCAGCGAGACAGGCAUCCCCCUGGCGGUGCAACGAGCGCCGUCCCGCAGCUCGGGCCGCCACAGCGCGCCGCCCUUCUCGAGACGCGCGAGCAGUUCCCUGGGCCUGAUCGGCGGUGGCCACAGCUCCUCUUCAAGAGCAGGUGCGGCCAGGGCGGCGGCCAUUCUCUUGAUUUCGUGUCACUUUGACCACAACCCGGUGGCCAGCACGUCUCGGCAAGAGCCGGAUGAGGAGGAGCUUGAGGAGUACGAGAUGGAUGACUUGUUUUUUGAGAUGGAGGAUGACGAAUCGUCGCCAGCUCUGCCAGACGAGGCAAAGUCCUGUAAUAAGUUUAGAGGGUCAAGACGUCCUUCCACGGCCUCGUACAACAGCAGCACGUCGUCGGUUAGGAGCUAUGGCGUGAGGCGCUUGGACGAGGAAAACGAGCGCAAGAACCAGCGCCAGAUGAAGCAGAAGCCCAAUCAGCAGCCACUCCUCAACUUGCAUAAAGGCUCGUCGGGAAAUCUGAUUUCUUCCUCGCUGGGAAGCGGCAGCUUCUGUCUCGGCAACUUUGAAAGAGGCAGUUUCAGCACGACGUCUCGCACUCCAUUGUCCACUGAUGACUUGCUUCCGUCGGUCAGAGAGCUCGUUGAGCCCAUCUCACAGCCUGGGAGCAGUGGAAGUCAGCACAAGCCGAGAACAACCUCUUUGCAGCCGAUAAUCGCACCUUCCUCUUCCUCGUCCGAAAACUCUCCAGUCGACGAAGGACCGCCAAGGUUCUUUGACGACGUUUCGCCCUCCUCCCCUGUGCCGUAGCAACUCCAAGUGACUGCUGAAAUGAAACUGCGAUCAGACGUGUUGCUGAAGAGCAAGUUCCGGUGCAUUUAGUGAACACACACGCCUUUUGGAACAAGCCUAAGUGUUGCUCCGCGGCAUGCUUUUCACGGAACAAGCCAUUGAUGUAUGGUUUCAUUGUGAUAUCACUGUGUCUUGCUGUUUAUCUGUCUACACCUGUAUCAAUGACCAAGUUGCUUACAAGACGAUCGUUUGGAGAACAUGGAAAGACGGAAAGCAGUGCAUCAAAAUAUUGAGUUUUGCUGUUUUGUUUCAAACAAGACUUUUAACCAGUCGAAACCAUCGAUAAUAAGCAAAAGAUGCGAAGAUGUAGCAAAGAAAAAUACUCACUGUUAGGUGGAUGUAAUGUUUAAGAGUUCCAGAGUUUAAGAGCAGUUUUGUGUUGGCUUUAAAGUGGUUUAAUUGCUCAAACUCAAUAUCACAAUUGCAGCUCAUAUAUAUUUCAAAUUUAAUAAAUAAUAUUCAGCAAUAUUAUCCCAAGAAAAAAUAUCUUUAGCAAAUUAAACCACUUUUAAAGCGAAUUUAAUAGUUAUGAAAUUUAUCAAAUUCUAUGAUGCAAAUAUAAUUUUGUAGGUUCCAUCUUUAGACGACUAAAACUGUUAUUAUAGCUUUUAAAGGCUUCAAUUUUUAAUUCAAAAACUGGUAGCAUUUAAAUGUCAAAACUACAACAUUCUGUUGCUUUAGCACAACUCAACAACGCCUAAAUUACACUGUAGGAGCCUCAAAGUAAGUUUGAUGCAAUAUAAGCAGACCGGACUGGGUAAUAAAGUGCUUGCCAUACAGCGUAACAGGCAAAAGGUAAACAUUUCAUGUAACAAUAUUUGUACCAACAAGUAAAAGAUGAAUAAUAAAACCGACCAUGUAAAAUA